AUGUCAUUUCUUCUUGUUGUUUCUUUCAUUGUCAUCGUAGUGUGUAAGAAAUGUCGCGGAAUAGAUGACAAGAAGAAUAUAGUUCCUCCAGAUGUUUUGGGACCAGAUAUUGAGCAUAGGAUGAUUUCUUACUCGGAGCUUGUUCGUGCCACCGAAAACUUCUCUGAAUCGAACCUACUCGGUUCAGGAAGCUACGGUGUUGUCUACAGAGGUAUACUCGCGGACGACAGUACAAUAGUUGCUGUAAAAGUAUUGAAUUUGCAACAAGAGGGUGCUUACAAGAGUUUCGAUGCAGAGUGUCGUGUGCUGCGAUCUGUUCGACAUAGAAACCUUGUGAAAGUGAUUACUUCUUGUUCUAAUCCUGAGUUCAAAGCCUUGAUUCUCCAAUACAUGUCCAACGGUAGCCUUGACAAAUGGCUAUAUACUCAAAACUACCGGUUGGAUCUACUCCAAAGGUUGAGCAUCAUGCUGGAUGUGGCAUUUGCUUUGGAGUAUCUCCAUCAUGGUCAAAUUGAGCCAGUGAUUCACUGUGAUCUAAAACCAAGCAAUGUUCUUUUGAACGAUGAAAUGGUGGGUCAUUUGGGUGAUUUUGGAAUUGCAAAGAUUUUAGCUGAAGGCGAUAAGACUGCAGCUAACACUAAGACAUUAGGCACCAUAGGAUAUAUAGCACCAGAAUAUGGUUCGGAAGGAAUGGUGUCAACAAAUGGAGAUGUUUAUAGCUAUGGCAUUAUGCUAAUGGAAACAAUGACAGGGAAGAAGCCAACUGAGGAGAUGUUCAACGAGAGUAGAACCUUGAGGGAAUGGGUUAAGGAAUCAUACCCGGACUCUGUUUUCGAGGUUAUUGAUGCAAGUAUAUUUGUGCUAGGGAAAAAAGAUUGUUGCUCUUCUAUAAUAGAAGUAGCUUUAAAUUGCUCUAGAGAAGGGCCGGGAGAGAGAAUCAGCAUGAAAGAGGUUGUGUUAACAUUAAGCAAAAUCAAACAAAGGUUACUAUUGGAUACCUAG